GAAGGGAGGUCCGAGCCGGGCCUUGUAACGGCACAUCUUUAUCACCACUGACAGGAAGGAAGGGUUUUCACCAGAGCCAGAGGGAAACCACACACACACACACACACACACUCCUCCCACAGUGGCUGUUCCUCUAAAAGGCUGCCAGCUCUUUGAUGAUCACUGAGCGUCUUCUGAAGUUCGUAGGAAUGAACUUUGACUUCACACACUCUGGCCCUUAACCCUGAGGAAGAGAAGAGAUGAAGAAGCACUUCACGACCAUCCCACUCAUCCACGUCAUAGAGGCGGAGCGUGGCAGCGAUGGUAACAACAUCCUCAGCCUCCCGGUACCGAUGCGGCGGGGGGGCUCUGAGUCCAACCUGGUGUCUGACGGGGGCGAGGGGGGCGUGGGCCUGGACUUCACUAAGGGCCGUCUGGCCAUCGACAGCCUGCAGCAGAAGAUACUCAAGGUGACAGAGCAGAUCAAGGUGGAACAGACAGCCAGGGAUCAGAACGUGGCAGAGUACCUCAAACUGGUCAACAACGCUGACAAGCAGCAGGUGGCACGCAUACGCCAGGUGUUUGAGAAGAAGAACCAGAAGUCUGCCCACAGCAUCGCCCAGCUGCAGAGGAAGCUGGAGCAGUACCACCGUCGUAUGAAGGAGGAGGCCAACGGGGCCAAGCACCCGCCCAGGGAUGCCCGGGGGGAGGGGGGCAAGGAGGUCCAAAAGGACGGCAGCCUGCGGGAUGUCAGCUCGGCCAGCGCGCGCAACCCGGCAAUGGACAAGGUCAAGACCAUCGGACCCGGGGUCUCCCUCUCGCCCCCCUUCUUCUUCAACAAGUCGCGGGAGUUCGCCAACCUCAUCCGCAACAAGUUUGGCAGCGCCGACAACAUUGCCCACAUGAAGAGCUCCAUGGAGACGGGGGCGGGGCUCCAGACGGAAGGCGGGGCCCGGGCGCUGAGCGGCAGCGCCACCACGAUUGCCAAGGCCAAGUACCCCAGCGACGACGAAUGUUCCACGGGGACCUCUGUGUCGGCAGACUCCAACGGGAACCCGGCGGGGGGGUCGGGGUUGGGGUCAGGGGGUGGGCCGGGGAGGUCAGACUCUCAAGCGAGGCUGGGGGAGGUGCUGGAGGAGGUCAGGGAGAUUAGGGAGGCCCAGGCACAGCUGGCCGAGGACAUGGAGUCACUGAAAAGCCAGUUCAAGAGUGACUACAGCUUCAUCACACAGACGCUGCAGGAGGAGAGAUACAGGUUUGAGCGGUUAGAGGACCAGUUAAAUGACCUGACAGAGUUGCACCAGCAUGAGACCAGUAACCUGAAGCAGGAGCUGGCCAGCAUCGAGGAGAAGGUGGCUUACCAGGCCUACGAGAGAGCUAGGGACAUCCAGGAGGCUCUGGAGUCGUGUCAGACGCGUGUCUCUAAGCUGGAGCUCCAGCAGCAGCAGCAGCAGACGGUACAGGUGGAGAACACAGAUGCCAAGGUGCUGCUGGGGAAAUGCAUCAACAUCAUGCUGGCCAUCGUCACGGUGAUCCUGGUGUGUGUUUCCACGGCGGCCAAGUUCACCGCGCCCCUCCUGCGGAGCCGCGUGCACCUGGCGCUCACCUGCGUGGGUUUGUCCCUACUGGUGGUCAUUUGGAAGAACUGGGAGCACCUACAGUGUGCCCUGGAACGCAUGCUCCUCCCACACUGAGCUAGACUCCUCCCAUGUUAAGCUAGUGUCCACCCAGUCUGAGUUUGUACCCCUCACACUGUGGGUUUGGCACCACCCACACCGAGCUUGCGACUUUGGAACUCUGUGACGUUGUCAUAGUGAUAGAUUAAAUGGGGCGGUGUUUACAAUGUAGCCUUACACCCCACCACCCUGUCUCUACCCCUCUCUGUCUUUUGGAGUUUGGGCAGAACUCCUUGAGGGAAAUUGUUUCCAAAUGGUGCCAGUGUGCCACUACAGUACAAAUUACAGGAAAGCAAGACUGACCAAUCAGAUGGUGGCUACAGAGGAAGCAGGACCAGUCACAUACAGUAUUAUUGCGGACACUGAUCUUUGUGUGGUUGUCAAUCUCAAUAGGACAUUGAACUGCACUUUAAAGGUGGUAAGCUUACGUAUAACCUUUAUAGGGGAAACAAGGGGUCCCUCGAUUGGUUCGUACUUACAUCACCUUAAUUACACUUACACACUGACAGUAUUAAAGACCUCUGGCUCUGAUCCACACACAGUCUCACUCCCAUCCCCCCAAGCCACUAUGAUACACAUUCACCCACACUCACACUGACAGGAAUGAGACUUGUGUGUCAGUGUAUGUACAGGGGGUGGGGGUGUUCUCCAUUUGAGAGUGCUUUGUCUGUGUGUACCUGUACUGUCAAGUGAUGAAAUGUUUUAUAAUUGAAAAAAAAAAAAAAGACAAAGGACAAUGUUUCUUUUUUUUAAAGUGUAAUAUUUGUCUGAGUGUCUGUGAAAGGUGGUUCAUUUUUUACAAAGGAAUGGUUAUGAACUGCAGGACUGCCUCUUGUUUCUGUGUACUGGUAUGUGGGUUUGUGGAUAAAUGGUGUCUUAUGUACUCUAUAUAGUCUAUUAACAGAUGCAGUGGAACUGCCACGGGUCUAGUCUAUAAGGGGUGAAUUCACCCCAAGAGUUAUGUGAUCUCUCUCCCAAAGGAAAUGCAUAGACUGACCCUUUAGCUGCUAACAUGCUAACUGUGUGAGUGAUAUCCUCUGCCAGUCUUUGAUGGAUCUGGGGGGAGGUAACCUCUGGCCUGACACACAAACCUCAUUUCUGAUUCGUCCUUUAAUAUUGAUGAUAAUGUCAUUGUUGUGAAAUAGGAAUUAAGCUCUGUUCCGAGUCGGCUGAACAAAGGAUUUGACUUCUACCAAAUGGUUCAGACAGAUUUGAACACAUUUUAUUUGUUUUCUCUGAAAUGUUUCAAUAUUUUUUUGCCUUUUUACAAUGAGAACAACAAAAUGAACAUUCUAAAUGCCUUUGAUGCUAUCGUCUGAUUUGGACAGAGAUGGGAGGGGUAGGUGGAUAGUGAACGAUGCAGCUCUGGCCCCACCCACUCU